AGGGCGGGUAGGCCUUAAGUUUUGCAACCUUUUUGGUAGCUAAAGAAACGCGUGCGUUCAAGUAUUCGACGAACUAACAACGGCCUCAAGGAUAGAUCCCUAUGGAGGAAAUAAAUGAAAUUAAUUGACCCUCGUGCAUUAAGUGUAAUGCUGAAAACGCCAUAAGGUACCUUCAAAUACCAUCCACUUUUCCACAAAACAUCAUUAAUUUACGCAAUGGGCAAUCGACCCAAUUUAAAAUCCGUUGAGAAUUGGAGUUUAAAACACCCAUAAUGCCUGGCUUUACCGUGAAUAAAGUCAUCUACUGCGUUUUUAGAUAAAAUGAAGCCCGUGACACAAUACUGUCCGUCACAAUACAUCAUAAUAUUCAUAUCAUCCAAUUUACAAUGAAAAUAUCCCUAUCAAGGCCAACAUUGAUGUACUGGGGUUUCGAAAAAUGGAUGGAAAUGUCCAGUGAGUGGGAUGACCUUAUUUGAGCUAAAUUCAUAUACCAGCCUAUAUUUUUAAAUAAUUAAAUUUACAUUCCUAAUUAAAAUGAGAUUUUCAUCUGCUUUGGAACCCUGUACUCAACACGUUUUUCCCCUAGAUUGUUAUGGGUAUUACUAACUUCUGGCGUAAGAGAUGGAGGGACAUUUAAUGCUGCUCGACAGACCCCUUAUGAUCAGACUCUAUGGGAUUUUAGAUUGAUGUAAGCAGUAUAAGAGAUUUGAAUGGGAACUGGGUUGUUUUAUCAUGGCAUUCUCUGUCUGGAGUUAAGCUGAUGAACAUCCCCUUUAUACCGGCUGGAAGAUGUAGUUAGUAAAAGUCCCAUUGUGAAUAAUAUCUUUUGACAGCAGAAACAUGUUGGUUGUAUUAAUAGUCGAUUUUAUAUGUCCAUAUAAUCUACAUUUCAUCGGAUUAUUUUUUCUCAAAAUCUUUCUGCCAAGUUACUGAAAAGUUAUACCACUGAAAUAUUUACACAGUUUAAUACUAAAAUAAUUUACAUAGGUACCGUGUCCGGGAUAAUCUCUCCAAAUCGAAGUUUCCCUAAAAAUGCCCCUAUUCACGAGUCAUUACUGGAUCUGACCGUGCACCAUGAUUCGACGUUUUAUAUAAAUUCUUAAAAGAUUACCAGUAGUUUUGAAAAUUCCAAGUAACUUUUGGACUGCUAAACAUGUGUCUCCUGGCACAUUUCGGAUGGUUAUAUCUAUAUUAGGUUCUUUACUGUGAGGGAUUUUUAUCGCUUUUAUUUAAUUAUAAAUAAAGAAACAGUAUCUUUGCACAGUAUGUUGACACGGAAAAUGUGACUUUAGGGCAGGUUCAAGGGCGGACAGUAUAUGAUGGAUUGCUUAAGCUUCGACCUACUACAUAGAAGCACGUCUAAAUGAUAACGUGUAUAAUGGAGAAGGACUCGGUCUUUUCAUGAUUAUUAGCGGAACGUCUGUCUUAAUGUACAGCUCUACCAUUACUGUGGCAGCAGAGCUCACUGGAGUGAGAGAGUCGAUCAUUUACGUUAACGCUUUUGCCCGAUGAUUGAAAACUGGGGUGACGUAUUGGGACAUAUUUUCUCACUGAUUUAUGGCAUAGCGUGACUGUUGUUCAUCUCUGUUCUUGUUGGAGGUAGCUUUUCUCAGUGGUGGUUUAUUUUGCCAGAAGUUGGCGAGGAUGAAACACGGGAAAAAGAGAGCCCAGUGAGUAAGUGGUAAAUGUUAUUGAACUUAUUGUCCUUGAAAGUUCUGAUACUAAACAAUUUUGUGAUAUUAUUGGUUUGCUUACUUUUCAGGUUAUGUAUGGACAAUUGACUGGAUCAAAAGUGGAUUAAACAUCUAGAGUUUUAUCGAAUUGUACGAUCUCAAUUUUUCCAACAACUGACGAUUAAGAUAAUGGACUCGGAGAUGACAGUUUAUUAGAGGCAUAAUUCUACAGAGUAAAGUACACAGAGCUUUGGAUCGUGUUUUGCGCCUUGGCAAGGAGAUCGUAUACAGCAGUCACGAGCAUGCGAACGGCAAUUAAUCCGCACAUAUGGGACACGGCGUGAUUUCAUUUAAAAAGGGACAAAACAAUGAACUAUUUCCCAUUCCGUGAGAAACAGUGGAACUAUUUGACAAUGAAGAAUUCAACUAUCUGGAAUGUUCUUCAGCAUGGGUGAAAUGCGGUUCUCUGGGGGUGCCACCUAAGGCAGAUUGUGUUCAGCUUUCUGUUCUCACGACACUGGGAGUUCAUAACAUAUAUUUCUGCUGAAAUAAAUGACAUUUGGAAACUUGAAAUAUUAAAACUGAAAUGGCAUUGAUAGGUAAUUAUCAGAGACAAAUGUCAAGACAAGCUGACGCGUUGCUAGAAAAUGGAACGACCAGUGGGACAUAUGAUACUGCAAAUGGCUCAUUUCCAUUGCAAGACAUAUAUGGCCUGACCGCCCACAUGACGAAUGGCAGCUCCAACAGCUCCAGCUUCGAUAACAGCGAACUGUUACGUUUCUUGCAGCUCCUCGAGUUGUUCUCUCUUUUGUGCCCAAUAUUCUUCGGUGUAGUGUUUUUAAUCGGUGUGUGUGGAAAUGGCCUUGUGAUAUAUGUCAUUACCUCGAACAACUGCCUCCGUACCUGUCCAAAUAUGUUAUUCCUCAAUCUGGCAGUGGCAGAUCUGUUGUUCCUCUUGUUCUGUGUACCGUUACAAGGGGCAUUUUACAUUGACUACUCUUUGGUGUUGGGCGAGUAUGUUUGUAAACUUUUCAAGUACACGGUGUUUGUCACCAUGUCAGUGAGUGCCUAUACGUUGGUGGCCAUUUGUAUUUUCCGCUGCAUUGCCAUUGCUUCGCCUUUGCAGUCAUCCAUCACAUUAACAAAACGCCAUUCGGGCCUUGCGAGUCUUUUAACUUGGAUAGUUAUGAUUGCAGUAAACACUCCUGUCGCGAUUUUCUACACAGAAGAAAGGGACAAUCAUUGCCAGUUUGUGUAUUACCUUAAAAUCCAAAUGUACAUUUUCAACACUAUCACCAUUGGGAUUGAUUUUCUACUGCCCAUGGCAGUGUUUUGUGUAGGAACUAUGUUUAUUAUACAUGCGCUACGGAAACGGAACCAAACAAUGUACAAAAUGAAUGCGUUGCACCGGGGUUCAAUUGAAGACGAGCAGUCACGACGCAACACCAGGAAGCUGGUGGUAUUGGUGAUAACCGUCGCCGUGGUCUUCUUUCUCUCAUGGCUGCCAUUCCACGUUAUUGCCCUUAUAAACAUCGUUAAGACUACACCCUACGUUUUUUCUACUGUUGCUCAACUCCUUGCUUUUGCCAACUCUUGCUUCAAUCCCAUCAUCUACAAUUUUGCCUCUGCGGGCUUCAGAAGAGCAUUCAUCAAUGCCUUGCAAUGUUGCCCAGUCUUUCGAUUGCAGCGUUCGUUAACGACAGAGACAAGGAACACGCAAGCGGACAUUCCAUUAAAUGACGUACACUUACGAAGGCAAACAACUUCGGAGUAAAAUACUAUCAAUGGUGGUCAAUGAACAGUCCUCGGUAUUUCACUUGUGACGCGGACUGACAUUAAAACGUUACUCGGUAUUCAGCCAGUAUCCAGCCGGGUAUUCUGAAGCAGCAAGUUGGCACUUGGGAAGGCCAGGUGGGCUUCGUAGUUUUGACUUUUUGAUGAUGUGUAGAAAGGUAUAAACCUCUUAACACAUACUUGUGAACUUUUGAAAAGUUUGCAUCGCUUAAUGUCUGGAGAAACGUGGGAUGGAUACAAGAAGUAUUUUCUGUGUGCUGCUUUUUUUAAAAUUUUGUUUUACUAUGAAGAUUGUCCACCAUAUUCAGUAUUGGAGUCUAUUAUAUAUACAUACAUGAAUAACCCGAUGUUCUCAGCUUUGCUAGGCAGAUGGUCAAAAAACAGGAUACAAUACAUUUAGGGAUGUGGUCGGGUUUUUUUUUUUCUUUUUUUCUUGCAUCAUGUUUAAAGAAUAAAAUAAAGGUCAAAAAUGUAUUAAUAUCUUUUUGUUGUGAUCGCUGCAUGGUUAUUUAAAAAGCCACCAUGUCACAAAUUGUGUGCUAUGACGACUAUCAUGUUGUGGUCUUUUUUAAUGAACAAAUUAUUGUUGUUAGCAUUAUUGUUUAUAUAUAGAUAUAUGAUUAACGAGGCAAUCCGACAUAUACAUGCUUGUUAAUGGUGUUGAGAAAAAAAGGGUAACAUUUCACUAAUUUAUAAGUCACCUGUGACAUAAUAAAUUACUCCUUUCUGCAACAUUCACAACUGAAGGUGGAGUAAAGUAUAACGGACCUUUGUGGGUAAAAUCGGAAAGUAGUUUUAGAGACAAAAUGAUGGAAAAGUUUGUAUCGGGAAUCUACCCCAUACAAGGUAUCUUUCAUACAUUGCAUGCAUGAUCAAUAUUGGCCCACAGGAGCCAACUACAUUAAUAUUGCAUUAACAAGCCAUCAUGUUAUGACAUUCCCAUGAUUGAUGACCUGACAAUUAUUUGUCUGUUCCACAUGUUUUAUUCUUUUUUUUCUAUCAAACACUUUUUUUGUUAUGGUGUUGACAUUUUACAGUUCCUAAUAAAGACAG